UCCAAGUUCAUAGGUGUACCGCGCCUAUUCGACAACAAAAUCGGACGACCGUUAUCAGGGAUAGGUAUCCCUAUUGACCAGCCCCCCUUAGGUUGGUUGCCGGCUGUGGCCGUACCUGGGACAACGUGGGGACGGCAGAGUAACAGGGCACCGCACGUCCACCACGUCCGUUUUAUUAGGUGCACGCACUCGGCCAUCGCGGUCGUCAAUUGUGUUCGUCGCACACAAUUGUGGAACGGUGUAGUCUGGAAGGCUGGGCCUUUCGGGGAACAUGCGCGUACGGUUUUUGUGUGGCGAUCCGACAGUAUAGGUAGCUUGAUUUUAAUAGAUAGUGUGUGUGCCAUCAAAUAAGUACGUGGUGUAUACAAAAAUUGGUUAUGUCUUAAAACACGUGUGACUUUUGCGUUUAUUGCAUUGAGAAAAUGGUACCUCGAAUAUGGAACGCUUUGGUUUUGGGCAAUUUGAUUCUGUGUCAUUUAUUGUGUGCGGCCAGUGCAACUAAAGAUUUUAACAGCGAACAGGAAAUAUCGUGUUCUGAGAAACUGUUCCAGUGUGCGAACAAGCAAUGCAUCCCCACAACGUUCGUCUGUGAUGGUGAGGCGGACUGUCAGGACGGUUCGGACGAGAACCCCGUGGAAUGUCCGAAGAACGUGACCUGUGCGAAAAACGAAUUCAGAUGUACAGGCGGCCGAUGUAUACCCGGCCACUGGCAAUGUGAUAAACAGAAAGACUGCACGGACGGCAGCGACGAAGACGAAAGCAUAUGCCAGAAAAAAGACUGCGGUGUGGACGAGUUCACGUGCAGAUCAGCACCAGGCGAAUGUGUACCGUUGACGUGGAUGUGCGACGACACGCCUGAUUGUUCGGACGCCAGUGACGAGAAGGCUUGCAAUGAGACGUGCAGAUCGGACGAGUUCACCUGCAAGAACGGCAAGUGCAUCCAGAAGCGUUGGGUGUGCGACCAGGACAACGAUUGCGGCGACAGCUCGGACGAGAAGGGCUGUCCGCCGGUCACGUGCACCGAGAACGAGUUCCAGUGCACGGAGAAGGUGUGCAUCUCGAACAAGUGGCGGUGCGACGGGGAGUACGACUGCAUCGACGGCCGCGACGAGCAGGGAUGCCAAAGCAUGAAGGUGACCACGUCGUUUUGUCUGCACGAGGAGUACGAGUGCGCAGACCGGUUGACUUGCAUCCACAAGCGUUGGCUGUGCGACGGCACCAGAGAUUGUCCGGAUGGUUCUGACGAGUCGCCGGACAACUGUGCGAACAUCACGUGUGGCGCCGACCAGUUCCAGUGCAACGAUCGCACCUGCAUCGCCGGGUACCUGCAGUGCAACGGCAGGAACGACUGUCCCGACGGUUUCGAUGAAGUUGACUGCGGUAGGUUGUUGUUCGUCAUAUUUAGUUCCGACAUUGAUGAUAUUCUUGCAGAGAAACCCAAUCCGAAGUGUGACCCAAGGAAGCAGUUCGACUGCGGUGGUGGCACUUGCAUCCCGAUCGAGCAGGUGUGUGACGGAAAGCAGGACUGUCCCAAAUGGGAGGACGAACCAAGGGAUAAAUGUGGGAAGAAUGAGUGUUUGGAGGAUAACGGAGGAUGUUCACAGAUUUGUAAUGACACAAGAGCUGGCUAUUACUGUGACUGUUAUCCUGGUUAUAAGCUUGUUGACAGCAAAAACUGCAAAGACGUGAACGAGUGCGAGAUACCGGGCAGUUGUUCGCAAAUCUGCAUAAACGACAAGGGCGGCUACAAAUGCGAAUGCGAACAGGGCUACAUGAGAGACCCACGCGACCUGACCAAAUGCAAGGCAAUCGAGGGCCACGCCUCACUUUUGUUCGCCAGAAAACGGGACAUCCGCAAAAUAUCGCUUGACCAUCACGAAAUGACCAGCAUCGUUAACGAAACCAAUUCGGCCACCGCGUUGGACUUUGUGUUCAGGACCGGCAUGAUUUUCUGGAGCGACGUCACCGAUAAGAAGAUCUACAAGGCUCCGAUUGAUGAGGGUAACGACAGGAAGGUGGUGAUCACCAACGACAUCACCACGUCCGACGGUUUGGCUGUGGACUGGAUUUACAACCACAUCUACUGGACGGAUACGGGCAGGAACACCAUAGAGCUGGCCAACUUCGACGGUACGAUGCGACUGGUGCUCAUAAAGGACGAGCUGGAGGAACCCAGGGCUAUUGCCUUGAACCCAAUCGACGGCUGGAUGUUCUGGACUGACUGGGGUAGCGACGCUAAGAUAGAACGUGCAGGAAUGGACGGCACCCACAGGCAGACCAUCGUCAGUUACGACGUCAUGUGGCCUAACGGCCUAACCUUGGACAUCGUCAAGAGGAAGGUCUAUUGGGUGGAUGCCAAGUUAAACGUCAUCUCCAACUGUGACUACGACGGUAAGAACAGGAGGGUGGUACUGUUCUCACCAGACUCCCUCAGGCAUCCAUUUUCCAUAACGACGUUCGAGGACUGGGUCUACUGGACGGAUUGGGACAGGGCGGCCGUCUUCAAGGCAAAUAAGUUCACCGGCAAGAACGUGACAGCGGUUACAGCCACGGAAAUGUUGGAGAACCCGAUGGUCAUCCACGUGUACCACCCGUACCGCCAGCCGGACGGCGAGAACCACUGUCAGGCGGUGAACGGCCACUGCUCCCAUCUCUGCCUGCCCGCCCCCCAGAUAAACUCACACUCACCCAAGAUUUCCUGCGCAUGCCCGGAGAACCUGCGGAUGAUCACCAACGGUCGCACGUGUGUGGAGAAACCGGAAAACAUACCCACCACAACACCAUAUUCUGUGACCGUCACAGAAAUGACCACACAAACUGAAUCGGUUACAAUGAGUCACGGCAACUCGUCCCAUCCCACAGGCGUGAUGUCCGAGUCCUCAGAUCACGGAAUGAUAGCUGGCAUAUCGAUCCUGAUAUUUUUGGUCGUGGCAUUUAUCGUUGGAGGAGGGGUUUACCUGCUGUACAGACACUACAACCACCGCAACAUAACGUCGAUGAACUUCGACAAUCCGGUUUACAGAAAAACGACCGAGGAUCAGUUCUCACUGGAGAAGAACCAGUUCCAGAGCCCGCGACCCUAUUUAAGUACGGUGGGAGAGGAGGCUCAACAGCCGCUAACUAGUGCCAACCCGAGUGACCCAGUUUAAAAAGUGAUUGAUUUAGAUUUUAUGUGCUCAAUUAUGGUGAAACUUGAAAGACUUAAAGGCGCCAUUCUUUUGAAAUUCACUUGAAAUUAGCCGUCAUGAACAAACAAGCGUUAGUCACAAAAAAAAAAUUAAAUUAAAAGGGGGCUUCAGUUUUAUAGAUGUUUGGCACCGUUGAAUUGCGUUGGAUUCGUCCGUGCCAAAUUGUUAACUAUUGGUUGGUUGAAGUAUUAAAUAAUUUUAUUUUUUUGUUUUGGAAUUGUUUUUAUUAGUAAGUAAUUAAAAAAGAAUGGUCAAUUGUCCAAAGAUAUGUUAGUUAUAAAUGUAAUUAAUUAUAUAAAUUUUUAUGUAGUCAUGAUUUCUCAGUGUUAGUUGAUAAAUUUGUACCUUAAAUAUUUUUAUUUAUAAUUGUUUUGUUCCUGAUAUUAUAUGUAUAUAUUGAACAUUUAAAAAUUGUUUAAAAUUAAUCUCAAGCCGAGAUAGUUACAUCACUAUGUUAAAUGAAUAUGUUGAAUGCUAAUCAAAAUUGAAACAAUACCUGCUAAGUUUUAAUGUAACUCUAAAAUUCUGUGAUUAAUUUAUUUAUAUAUAAUGAAUAUGUAAGGGAUAUUACUUUUUAGAUUAUUUUUUUAUUAUUUAUCUUAUUUAAAUUGUUUUAUUUGAAAUUUUGAAACGGCAAUAUAUGUAUUAUAAAAUUA